AAUUGUACUUUAACCAUAAUUUAAUAACGACUUAAAGCAGCAGAGUAACAUCGAGCACUACCUGUACCCUCCUAACACAUCUAUUGAUUUCUCAGAGCUUCCUCAGCGUGCCAGUGUUCACGUGCGAAAACUUAAUCACCUCAUAGCUCUGAUUUGAUUGGACCGUUCGUCUCAGAGAGCUCCAACAGCGCCCCCAGUGGCCUAUCAUCGUUAUAACCUGUGCUGUGUGUGUGUGCGAGCAGCAGCGCAGCAGCUCAGCAACACUUCAGUCUGCCAUUCACCUGCCGGAGCGAGAGAGACUCCCAACUCCUGCACGACGCGAUGGGCGACGGAAAAGACGGCAAAACACUCAUGCGUCUGAUCUAAUCCACUUCACAUUCAUCCCUCUGUCUGAGGUGAUGAGUUCAGUGACCUGUAAGUCAUCUGAUCGUCAGCUUCUCUGGGUCUGGCAGAGCUCUCCAUGAGACAUGGUGCUACCUGACAAAACCUCCAGACCAUCUGCUCCCAGGAAAGUCCACGAGCAGCGCGCCCUGCGGCACCAGAGCCUGCCCUCCCCGGCCCUGUGCUGCGCCUGCGGCCUGUGCAUCAUGCUGGCCGGCAUAAACAUCACCCUGGUGGGAGCCUUCGCCUUCGGCACCUUCAUCCCCACCAGCAACCCCCCGAUCAUCAUAGGGCCCCUUCUCUUGCUGUUAGCCCUGGCUUUCUUCACGGCCUGCUGCGUGGUCAGCAGGAGACCCCCGGCCCACAUGGGCCACAAGGCCGAAGGGGGCGAGAAGUGGGGGCUGAUGAGGAUGGGGACGGCGGCGUUCGAGAUGGAGACGAGCGAGCACACGCUGCAGGACACCACGGCCGUCCAGCUCAGCCCCACCAACUCACCCAGCAUCUCACACAAGUCCGGCUCCAGCCAGGGGGGCGACGCCGCUCCACCCGCCUGCCAGGAUGGAGCCGGUGAGCCGCACAUAUCAGAGAUGUGUGACACAGGAAAUAACCCCAACUUGACCUCUGACAGCAAGGAGAGCUCUCCCACACAGAUGCUCCCUGCUCACAAGACUUCCUCCUCUACGUAGCAUGGACUUUAUCGUGCUGUUGGAUGUUUUGCUGUUUGCAGGAUGUGUGUCUUGUGUAUGAUUGACAUGACUGAUUGGCAUUUUCAAAUACAAAGCUACAGACAAAAAGUAUGCUGAUAAAUCGCCAGCAGACUCUAAGCCUGUAGUCUGUACUGUAUGGUGUGUUGUUGAAUAUUUAUUGCUCAGUCCCAGGAUGUAUACUAAUUUGCUGGGAACAGAAACAGGAACAGGAGAUGACACCUCAAUCCAAGUGCCCGUUUGUGUACUUCUUCUAAAACAUCCAGUUAAGGCAGAUUAUCCUGCGUUCAGAUGGUUAGCGCUUGUCACGUUGAGAGAGAUGAUGAGUGUGUCCAGCCAAGCUGCUUCUCCUCCUCUGAGUCAUGAAACUGUUCUCUGUGUAAGCCUGGUAAAUAACACACAGCCACAGGUUUGUCACACACUUUGAUGGAAGUGUUAUUAUUUCUUUCUUUCCUUUCAGUGCUUGCAUCAGAUGCACUGAAUGAGUGUGUAACCUUGAGCUGUGUUAAGGUGGGCAUUCAGGAACAAAUGAUUGUUUUACCUUCAGUGAAUUUGUCAUGUUGUAGUGCCAUGAUUAGAAUAGUUAUUACAGAUGUUAAUACAUGUUUGGGACAUCUAUGUUUUAUAAAUAAAGCUGACAUUUUACG